GUCUGAGUCUUGGAGUGAUUUAGUUUGACAGUUUCAUUUUCAUUUGGAAUGGAAUUGUAUUUUUCGUUUUGUGUAGGCUGUUAAUUACUUGGUGACUUACAUUUUUUCAACGUAUAAGAUUAUUGUAUAUACGUGAUUGCUUUGCUUCUUACAAUUUUCUUUUCUAUAUACCUUAACUGAAAAUAUAAAAGGGUUAGGGUUGUAUUUUCCUGUAUUCUACAAUCUUCUGAAAAUCUCAGAAGAGCUACCUUUUGUGUUAUUGUUUAGCUAUUUUUGCAUUGCAGUGGAUAUAUAAUAACAGACAGUCAAAAGCUUGUGGAGGACAGUGAAGCGAAGUUUAAUAAGUGGCAUAUCAGCCGACCUGUUUGCAGAUCGUCUCUAUAUCUAUGAAAUCUAUUCUGGCCUGAGAAGAGGGUUGAAAGUGGAAGCCAAUCAUGCUCAAAAGGUUGAAAGUGACCUGAAGUCCAUCCUGAUCAACUUUUGGCAACACUAGGUAUAUUCAGGAAAGUAUUAUGGACGAGAAAGAUUAUUCCUGUGCCGAUGAUCUUAUUAAGGAUCUUAAAAAGCAUUUAGCCAUACAUCCAAUGGCAGUUGUUGGUCCCACCUACCAUGCCGUGAAUAAGAGGAUAGCAGAUUUAUACUUUCUUAAACAAGAAGAACUAAAAGGCAUUUACCACUUAACGGAGGCCCAUGCAGCUACUUUACGCCUUCAGACUGUAAUUAGAUACGACUACAAGGACGAUCAAAUUAAGAAUCCUUCUAAAACACAACAAAACAAAGGUGUACGUUUUGCCCAUGGCUUGCAGAAACAAUAUGUUGAGUUUGACAGUGAACUAGCUAAGCAAGAAGAAAGGGGCUUGUUGUCUCGAUUAAGGGAGAUGCCCAAAGAAUGGACCGUGGUGCAGCUGACAAUGCAAGCACGACCAGAAAACAGGUUUAAAAUUCUUCCCAAAGACAAGGACAUCACUCAACCCACAUGUCUUCACAUUGUACGAUUGCCCUGUGGUGAAACACUUAAUGAGGAGGAUCCAGUGAGUGUCAUGGUUGACAAACCCAAAGGAUCUGAAGGCAUGCCUACAAUAUUUAAUUUAAUCCAUAAAGCCACCAAAGAGCAUCUCCGAACCAAACAUGGCCGUGCUUCAGAAAUACGAAAAGCUCGAGAAAAAGCAUCUCAGAUGAUCAAAGAAGUAGUGGAUGAGUUGUCCAGUGGCUAUCUGAGAGAAUGGAGAUGUUUGUUGCUGGGUUCCUUGUGCAGACAUCAACAGUGGCUCCAGGUCAAGGAUUGUAUUGACAAAGUCUUCACCAAGCACAAGUCUUACAAACUUGACAGUCGCAGUCGCCAACUACUAUACCGUGUGACAGACGGAGCAGUGUACCUGACAUCAGCAGAGAUACAGUCGGCUGUGGCUUGUCUUGUCACGGACUCCAGCCUAGCAACUGAUCUGAUUAAUGCGAUUGUCAAGUUCCAACAAGACAACAGUAUUCUCUUGGCCGCUCGCCGCCAACCUGUCAUCUUCAUCGUAGACGAGAAUCUAGACCUGUUCCCGUGGGAAAUGCUUCCGAUCAUAAAGAGGCAUCCAGUAUCCAGGAUAUCCUCCAUCCACUUCUUGCAUGCCCUGUACCAUGAACACAAGGAUAAUAUCGUGGAUGGUUGCAGGCUUGUUAGUGAACUUGAAAUGGGCUUUUACAUUGUCAAUCCUGAUGAAGAUUUGAAAGAGAUGGAGACACGGCUGGUCAAAUUUUUGGAGAAACGAGUUCCAAAAUGGUCAGGAAUAAGCGGCUGUGCUCCUACUCAUGAACAGUUCAGUACUGCCCUUCUUGAAAAGAGCAUUUUCCUUUACUGUGGUCACUUUAAUGGCACCCAUUACCUAAAGCAAGAGGAUAUCUCCAGUAUGCGAGUGGUGGCAUUACCUCUGCUGUUUGGCUGCAGUAGUGCUGCACUUCAGGAGCUAGGGGGAAGAGUUCAACCCACUGGUGUAACAGACAAGUACCUCAUGGCUGCGUGUCCUUGUGUCAUCGGAAUGCAGUGGACAGUGACAAGUGAUGAUACGGACUGCAUCACAGUGAUGUUGCUGAACAGUUGGCUACCUGGUCCAAUCUUGGACCUAAGCUCGUUUCGUAGUGCAGGAGACAUGUUAUCCUCUCGCAAGGAGCCUGAACUCCUGCGACUCCUGCGCGACGCUCGGGAGACAGCCAACAAUUACAGCAACUCGGCUGCGCUCAUAGCUCGUGGCAUUCCUGUAAAAAUGAGGGAAUAGGGAAAAGAACCUUAUCUUAUCCUUCAGUAAUUAUUGUGAAGAUGUACAAACAUGUAAUGUAAGUCUUACAUAUUAUGAAUUAUAACUUGAAUAUUGUCUGUCAUUGAUGAUUCUUCAACUAUAAAUAAAAUGGGUUUUGAAUUACUUAAGGCUGAUAUGGUCAUCCUCACUAUGUGUUCAUUUAGGCUUAUCAUAUAAGUAUGGAAUUUGUCAUUCACUGAAUAAAGAAAAAUCCUUGAGAGAAGACAAUUGCAUUUUUGUUUUUAUUAUAGUUAAGGUUCUAAAUAUAUAUUAUAAUGUGUUGUAAGCCUUUAUAGUUUUAACUUAUUAUUCAAUUAGUUUAGUUUUUGCAAAAAAUUAUCUAUGAGGUUUAACUUUUCUAGUUACAUUAUUGUACUAGUAAAAACAUGUGGGUGUCUCGUAAAUAAAUAAUUGAUUGAUUUGUGAAUUCUAAAGGAUCUGAUGUAAAAUAGUAAUACUUGUAUGCAAAAACAAAUAAAAUCUUAUAUGGAUAUUUUUUAUAUUGUUUGUUUUAUACAAUUAUUUACUUUGUUAUUACUGAAUCUAGUCUGUGAUUUAACUUCAGGUUGAUUAAGUACAAAAGAAAUGUGCUAACAAUUUCAGUUUAAAGUUAGUUUCUUGGUAAGUUUUGCUGUAUAUUGUAAAUAUUUAAAUAAAUAAAUUUUAUACUGGUAAUGUUUUGAA